AUGGAAGGAUUCAGACUUGCUACUAAUGACUGUGGCCUCAGUGAUUUGGGAUUCAAAAGGGAUAGAUUUACUUGGUGUAAUAAUCAGGAAGGCACUCAAUUCACUAAGGAAAGGUUGGACAGAUCUUUUUGUAAUUUGGCUUGGCACGAACUCUUUCCUAAUACAGUAGUGAGUACUAAAGGGGCUCAAUGUUCUGACCAUAGGCCUAUCUUGAUAACAGUGGCUACUGGCUCUAAGUGGAUUGCCAAGGGUGAGAGACCCUUUAGAUAUGAGGCUAAGUGGGCUGAGAGGGAGGAGUGUUUCAAAGUGGUGAAGGAAUCUUGGGUCAACCUAGCUAUGAAUCCCAAUAGGCUAGAGAGAACUACAGAACACCUGAGCAGGUGCAGGAAUCCAUUCAAGGCUUGGAGUAAAGCUAGCUUUAGGCAGGCUAAGAAAAUAAUAGAGGCUAAGCUGAAACAGAUUUCUGAUAUUCAGAAAUUAAACAAAGGGGACCUGAGUCACAGAAUAAAUCUUCUACAAUUUGAAGUAGAAAGCAAUUUAGAAAUUUAUAACCUUGAACUGUGCAUACAGUGUAUCGAAGUGCUCUAUUUGAGGGACCACGAGCCAAUGCAUACAAUUGAAAAGAGACUGAUCUAG